AUUCUCGCAAAUAAUGCAAGAAACCAUGUGAAAUUACUAGGAUAAAGCACAAACCAUGUGAAAUAAAUUAAUUAAAAAAGUGGCAUGCAACUAGAAAUUCUUGGUUUGCUUGCUCUGGAUCUGACACAAGACAAACAGAAAUAAUGAAACAUGAAAAAAUGAAAAUGGGAAUGCUCUCGCACUGCAUUCUUGGCUUCUCUCUCUUGAUUUUAGCCGGCGCCGUUUUCUAUCUGACCGGAAACGAAGUACCGACAUUGAACGAGGUCAAUUCGAGUCCGAGUUCGAGUUCAAGCUGCAACUUGUUUGAAGGAAGAUGGAUUUUUGACAAUGUGUCACUUCCUUUCUACGAGGAGAAGUGUUCGUUUAUGUUGGCUGAGUUUGCGUGUGAGGCAUACGGUAGAAAAGAUUUGAAGUAUCGAAAUUGGAGAUGGCAGCCUCAUCACUGCGAUCUUCCGAGGUUUAACGGAACGAAGUUUCUCGAGAAAAUAAGGGGGAAAAGGCUCAUGUUCGUAGGUGACUCGUUGAGUCGAAAUCAAUGGACAUCGAUGCUCUGUUUGAUUGAAUCCGCGCUCGGCCCAUCGUCGCCGAGGACGGUUGUCCGUGACGAGAAUAUGCGUUCCUUCCACUCAAAUGAAUACAAUGCCACAAUCGGGUUAUACUGGUCACCGUUUAUGGUUGAGUCAAGCUGCGAUGAUCCACUUAUUCAUCGUGUUAAAGAGCGAGUGAUUAGGCUUAUGAGCAUAGACAAGCACGCGAGGCAUUGGAACGAUGCAAAUAUACUCAUAUUCAAUUCCUAUUUGUGGUGGGCGGAUCCUAUAACAAUCGUAUGGGGAACAUCGGAUGCAAGAAACAAGACAGUGGAUAAGAUGAGCACUCGACUCUAUGAAAUGGUCCUCGACAUAUGGUCGGAUUGGCUAGAAAUCAACAUAGAUCGAACUAAAACAAAGAUGUUUUUCAUGAGCCCUUCGCCUUUCCAUUUAUAUAACACUGCAGCGGCCAAAGAUGGGACGAGCUACGCAACUGCUACAAGGAAACGGAGCCAAUUUUAGAUGAGAGGUCAAUUGGUCUUUCAAUACUCGGUGUAAAAAUGAGAGUCGCGGAAUUAGCUCUUGAAAAAUUAGGGACCCAAGGCAUAAACAUCGAGUAUCUGAAUAUAACGCAUUUGUCCGAAUUUAGAAAGGAUGCUCAUCCCUCGAUUCACAAGUAUUUUUUUCAUGCUAUAAGUAAGGAGGAACUAGCGAAUCCAACGAGCUAUUCGGAUUGCACCCAUUGGUGUCUGCCGGGAGUCCCCGACGUUUGGAAUCAAAUUCUUUAUUCUUAUAUUAUGAACCUUUGACGAGAUUAAUUAGUUAAUAUAUGUAUAUUUAGUAGUAUGACAAGAUUUAUUUUGCUAUAGAUUCAGUUGUAAUAGGUUCAGUUAACUUUCCUUGUUUUUUUUUUUUUUGGUAAAGAUUUAGUUUGUGUAGGUUUCGUACAAAUGUUUAUUCAAUAACAUUUAUGAGUAGGGGUGAUCAU